AUGCAUCAAAGCAACAAGAAGGCUGCCGAGUACAAGACAUUUGAGCCGGCACCCCGCCUUCACCCGCAGGACGACGCCAACAUCGUAUCGCGUCUGACAUUUCAUUGGACCAAGCCGUUGCUUCGGCUCGGAAACGCCCGGCAGCUUGCGUCCAGCGACCUCUGGCAGCUCCAGAGCGCCAACAAGGUCGAACCGCUCACGGCGCAUUUUGAAAACGCCUACGCGCGCAAGAACAAGGACCUUCUCUCGUCCUUCUUUGCGAUCUAUUGGAGCCGCUUCGCCUGCAUUGGCCUUAUGCAGCUCUUCACCGUGCUCGCCGACUUGUACGGUCCUGGCUACGUCCUCGGCAAGAUCAUUCGCGCUGUCGAGGCGCCCGUUCUUGACACGACGUACGUACUCCAGCUCAUUGGGUCGCUCUACCUUGUGCAAGUGACGGCCGCGUUCAUCAAGGGCCAUUUAACGUACCUCAACGACGUCAUUGGCAUCCAGUUCUCUUCAGCGCUGCGCUCGAUGCUCUUCAAGAAGGCUCUGCGCUUGGACGCGUCCUCCAAGAAGGAGAAGACCGCCGGUGACAUUGCCAACCUCUUCUCGAUUGACACCAUCAACGUCAUGAGCUUUGCGACAAGCAUCCACUCGAUGUGGAUCGUACCGCUUCAAAUCGCAAUUGUCCUUGAUCUCCUCUACACGAUUGUGGGCUGGGCCAUCUUUGUCGGCCUCGGCGCCGUCGUCGCGGGCCUUCUGGGUGCCGAGCAAGAACGCUGUUUCAAGCUCAAGGACGCUCGCCUAUAUGAGUACAUCGCGAUCGAGUCCGAUGGCGCGCGCGUCACCUCUGUCGCCACCGCCAACUGGCCCACGGCCGGUGCCGUCACCUUUGACAACGUCAGCUUCCGCUACAAGCCUAACGACCCGCUCAUUGGCAUCGUGGGCCGCACCGGCGCAGGCAAGAGCAGCCUCAUGAUGGCGCUCUUCCGCAUGAACGACGUCGCAUCCGGGUCCAUCUCGAUUGACGGCGUCGACAUUGCCUCCGUGGGUCUCCGCACGCUGCGCAGCCACCUCGCGAUCAUUCCGCAAAACCCCGUCCUCUUCAAGGGCACGCUGCGCAACUACUUGGAUCCGUUCGACGAGUACGACGACGCAGCGCUCUGGGAUGUCCUCCAGAAGGUGCAGAUGGUCGACCGCGUCUCGCAGCACGACGAGAAGCUCCUCGGGCCCGUGGACGAGAACGGCGAGAACUUUAGCGUCGGCGAGCGCCAAAUGCUGUGCAUGGCCCGCGCGCUCCUUCGGCAAGCCAAGGUCGUCGUGCUGGACGAAGCGACGGCGGCCAUCGACCACACAACAGACAAGGUGCUGCAGCGCGUGAUCCGGACCGAGUUUGCGACGUCGACGGUGCUCACGAUCGCGCACCGCUUGGACACGGUCUUGGACUGCGACCGGAUUCUGGUGUUUGACCAAGGCGCGUUGGCGCAGAGCGGGACGCCGCAGGCGCUCGUAGCCGCGGGCGAUGGCAUCUUCUUUGAGCUCGUCCACGAAGGCGGGUACACGGACAAGAUGACGGUCCACUGUACCGACGUAGACGAGGCGUGAGCGCGAUGGACGACAUACUACGUAGCUCACUUUAUUUGCAGCUAAAUAUGAAAUGGCGGC